ACAGGAGCACAGGUUAGGGCAGGGCUGUGAUGUCAUGCGUUGGGGAAGUGGGCGGAGCUGCUCAGCUCUCAGUCAUUUAUUCUCUGCAGUCAGCAGGAGGACGCAGACCUGUAGGUAACAGACGCCAGCAGCACUUUAGAAGGAGAAUCUGUGGGAGAAUCGAGCGAUAGAGGUCACAAAAAAGAGGAAAUGACGAUUGGAAAGAACUCCAGGAAGAGCUCGGUUCGAAGCUCCAUCAGAGCCCCAAAGUUCCUGGACAAGUCCAGCGGCUUCUACGGUCGCCUGGAUGAGCCUGAGACCCCCACAGAGGAGGUGCCCAGGAACGAGGAGCAGAGCCUGGGAGACGACAGCUGCAUGGACGAGGGAAGAAGAGGAAGGAGAAGAAGCAGCCGAAACAUCUCGACUGCAGAUGAAGAGGUGGAGGCGUUUGACUUCUCGGACGACGGAGAGACCCUCCUGAGGAGGAAACCCAGCCGCCUCAGCAGCAGGUGGAGAAGGAGCACCCGAAAGAAGGAGAAGGAGGCCGAUCAAGAGGAGAAGCCGGUGGAGGCCUCCGUCCAGGAGGACGUCCGGAUGAAGAUCGAGAUGGAGAUCGAAGAAAUGAGGAGGACAGAGGAGGAGAUUGGGCAGCAGAAGGAGCCGGCGCUUGUUCACUUCACAAUUCGGGGGGACGCGGACGAUCAAGUCCUGAUAAGAGACAAGAAGAGGGUGCGAGAAGAUGAGGAGGAAGAUGAGGAGGAGAGGAAGAUGAAGAGGGAGCAAGAGGAGGGGAUGAAGGUGCUGAAGAGUAAAACAGUGAAGAAUUAUCGCAAGGCCUUCGACCGGGCGCUUCGUCGAGGAUGGGAGAGCUUCAUUAAUAACCUCUACAGCGUCACCCUCACACCUGCCUCUUCCUCGCCGUCGUCCUCCUCGCCCUCCCUGAAGAAGAAGAACACGCAUACCUCAGUGUUAGCUGAGUUCCAGUAGAUCUGGGUGGACACUUUGAACUUGUUUUUAACUAAUACAAUAAAACCUGGACUCUCCAGAGGGUUUUUCUCUCUCUCUUUGCUGAGCAAUGAAGGAUGUGAGACUUUUUAAAGGUGGUUUUGGGAUCUACUCUGCAAGCUGCACACAAGGUUUGCUCAAGGAAAAAGUUGAGUCUGAGUUCAGCAGUUUCUGGUUUUACUCUGAAAUUUUCUAGUGUUGUAUCCACUGCUGAGAGCGUAUACUUCAAAGGAUCUCUGCCUCGUUGUAGAUCAGAAUGAGUGUAGAGGCGUGAGUUUUGGUGGCAAUGACCAUUCAGUGGAUAUGAUCAUAUUAUUGGAGAUUAUUGGUGCCAUUCUCGACUGUUUGUGAUGGAUGAGCAGCAGCCAUUCAGUACAAUAAUGUAACUUGUAAAUCUACACUUAUUUUACACACUAGAAUAGUAUUUAUGGGGAAACUGCAACCGAAUCUUUGUAUAAACUGGAUGUAAAUGUCUAUUUUAACUCUUUUUGAGUUUUAAUGAUGGUUACUGAACUGGCUCAGUUCAUGUGAAGACAUUCAAAUUGAAAAUACUUAGUUUUCUGGUUACAGAUUAAAUAAAACGGCUGGAUGUUUUAUUGUUUACUGCCUGAAAGUUGGAAUGUAUUUUUAAAAAAUGUAAUCUUAACUUAAAGAAAUAAAAAUAUGUAUGAAAAGAUGA